AGAAGCUGAGUACAGGAAGGUGGUGGACCACUUUGUAAACCAAUUACCUAAAAGCUACUAGGCUAAAAAAAAAUCAAAUAAAAAAACAAAAAUAAAAAAAUGAACCUGCAUUCCCCAUAACAUACGACAUUAAAACUACUUAAAAGAGGAAAUGCAGCUUAUUUGUUCCAGACUGAGUGACUCAGCACACGCAUAAAAGAUCUCUGAUGAGGAAGCGACCGGCUGCUGUGGAAACGUCAUAGCAAAAUAAACCAUUGAGAGCCGAACAUCUUUCUGCAUAAAGCAUCUUCGAAACACAAAGACACUGACCACGUUUUACGUUGCUAUGCCAACGCAGUGGCGACACAGACGAAAACAUUUUGGGAUUAUUUCUAAAAGUCAAAGAAAAGCAAACCGGAUAUGGAUCAGAAAGAGUUGUCCGGGUCUGAGGAGCGGGUUCUGCUGGAGAUGAACAUGCGGAGGGAAACCUGGUGUCAGGUUGAAGCGGACCCCCGAGGGUUCUGGGAGAGAACAGAGCGACGGCACUACCGGAACCACCUGAAAACCAGCGCGGUGCUGCUGAGCGCUCUGACCGGCGGACAGCAGCGCAGCGCGGCAUGCACCGAACGGCGGCUCCCGGCGAAACUCCCGGAGAGAAAACACUUUGAAGAGAGCUACAAAUCUCACCUGGUGUAAACAUACGACGAGGCAAUACAAGCUGGACCCAACACAGAACCUGAACUCAGCUGUCAGGGUUUUAAUCACAGAAACCGUGUGGUACAACACAGCAUGAAGACAUUAUCCUGACUGUUACUUUAUGUUUGCUGUGUCAGAAUAAACUGACUCCAUUCUGCAGAUAUGAGGAGAUGUUUUCCCUCAGGUUCUCCUCUGGUGCUUCAGAAGUACUGGCUUCUCUGGAUCCUGCAUCGAGCUUCUAGCUUUCAGCAAAUAAAAUGUCAGAGUCAUUAAAAUGA